UGUUCAACUGAACGGCAGAUCUAGUUGCUUAGUUCUGCGAAGCGAAUGGUAAUCAGUAUCUGGAAAGACAUGAAGUUUUUUGCUGUCCUAAACCUCCUAGCUCUGGUGGGUUACUCACUGGCCGCUGAAGGUCGAUGCCCACUCUCUCCUACCUCAGCCAGUGGAUCAGCCACCCAUGGAGGAAGCUAUUGUUCUGGUGAAUUGAUAUUUGAGGAUAACUUUGACUGGUUGGAUGAAGGCAAAUGGCAGCAUGAAAUCACUCUAGCCGGGGGUGGUAACUGGGAGUUCCAAUGGUAUGUGAAUGAUCGCAGAAAUUCCUACACCGAAAAUGGCGUGCUCCACAUCAAACCAACCCUUACAUCGGAUAUCUAUGGUGAAGACUUCUUGUACUACGGAAACAUCAAAUUGGGCAAUGAAUGCACUAAUGCCGAUAACUGGGGUUGUGAUCGUACUGGAUCGGCUGAGGAUAUUCUAAAUCCAGUUCGUAGUGCACGUCUCCGAACCCUAAAUUCAUUCAGUUUCAAAUAUGGUCGCGUUGAAGUACGUGCCAAAUUGCCAGCCGGUGAUUGGCUUUGGCCAGCAAUUUGGAUGCUUCCUUCCCAGUGGAGAUACGGAGGUUGGCCGAGAUCUGGUGAAAUCGACAUUAUGGAAUCUCGUGGAAAUCGCAAUUUAGUUGCCAAUGGAGUUCCAAUUGGUGCCGAACAAAUUGCAUCCACCAUGCAUUUCGGGCCAGAUUCUACAGCAAACGCUUGGCCAAGUGCACAUUACGAGAGAAAUUCAGCUCCUGGACGAGGGUUCAAUCAAGAUUUCCAUCGUUAUCAAUUAGAAUGGACUCCAGAUCACUUGACAUUCAAAGUUGAUGACAGUGAAUUGGGUACAGUUUGGGUUGGUAGUGGAUUCUGGGAUCGUGGUGCAUUUUCUCAAAAUGUUCCAUGGUUCCAAAAUCCAUGGCAGAAUGGAGGACGUGAUGCCCCAUUCGAUCAAGAAUUCCAUAUAUUGCUGAAUUUGGCUGUCGGUGGUGUUAACUUCUUCCCUGAUGACGCCUGGAACCCAGAUGGCAAACCAUGGUCUAACAGCGCCCCACAUGGUUGCACCAAUUUCUGGCACGGACAUGAUGCCUGGUUGAGAACCUGGAAUUACUAUGUUCCUGGAAAUACUGAUUCACAUAUGCAAAUCGAUUAUGUUCGUGUCUGGGCUCUUUAAAUGGAUUUUAUUGAAAAGUAAAAGGAAUACUAAUUAGAUAUGGCUUCA